UUCACGGAGGCAAAAAUGAAUAAAAAUGUUCUCUGUCACCUAUCAGUAGCUGUUUUUUACUUUCUGAUACAAAUUGUUAUUGCUACCCAAACCAAGGUAGACAUAGUACAAGCUGUUGAUGAUAUUCAUCAGCGUCUUAUAGCUCUGGACAGCAAUCUAGAUAAACUGAUUAGUGAUGUUACCAAACUCAAACUAGAGCUUUCUGGUCAAAGUGGUCAAGCUAAAAGUGAUCUGACUCCAUUUGUUGACAUUUUGACAAUUCAAAGAACACAGGUGACUGGAGGAUAUAACUUCUCAGUAACUUAUAGACUGAUUGCUGAUGAAGUCAAAGUGGUUUGGUUUCAAUACCAACCUAUUGUCAAAGUUUACGACAUGGAGAUAGAUGGCAACACAAAGCUAACAAGUGCUCUGUUUAACCUGACUGACUACUACAGUUAUCCAAUUCUGAGGUUUUUAAAUAUGGAAACAUUUAGUGAGUUAGCUAUUGAGUUUAAUACAGAGACGUCCUUCAAGGGAGACAGCAUUCUGUACAAUAUUACUGUACCAUUUUUGACAACUAACACAUCUCAAGACAUUGUUUACCAAACUGGACAAAACAUAGCUCUUGAGGUUAAAUAUUUUCCUCAUGAUAAAUCUCCUCAAGUUAAUGCAGAUGUUGUCAACCUGAACUCAUGGAAGUUUGUCAGAGCUUUUCCUAGUGCAUCAGACUCCAAUCUCAUUGAUGUAGAGUCAAACAAACCUGAUCUGCAGGAAGAUAGAGCCAAAUUAACUAUCCUAACAUCCACCAAUUAUGUGAGUGGUCUUAUCUUCUUCUCUGUUGGUCAUGCUAUGCCAGGAAGCAUUGUGAAUCAUAUCAUGUUUCAAGCCAUGCAUACACUGAGACCAGACUCAGCUAAGUUUCCUUUCCCUGACAAAUAUCUUCACUUGGUAGACAAUCAUAGUUUCAAAGAAGAUGGUGUUAUCAAAGAAAUAGUCCAGCCUGGUAAGAGAGUGACUUUACACUGCCUAGCCUAUGGGCUGAACAUAACAGAUAUCUACUGGACUAGACUGAACUCGGAUGGUUCAAUCACCAACAUUCAGCCAGAUAAUUGGACAAGUCAAGAAGAGAGGACAGCUUACAGCUUCUAUAACAGCAUCUCUCUCUGGGCAGACUCUGAGUUUAAAGACAAGACUAAAUACACUUGUCGCGCUGAAAAUAUUUGGGGAGUUAAUGUUGUGGAAACAUUUCAAGUGGGAUUGGAGUCUGACAACUUCCUGGUUGCUUCGAACUUAUCACUAUUCAUGGAAGAUUUCAAUGAAACUAGAAAUACACCUGGUCAAGCCAGUAAAGGCAGUCCAAGUUUAAACCCUUUGGCUGACAUUCUUUCUGUACAAAGAAUUCAAGUGCCUGGAGGUUUUAGUUUUAAAGUAACCUACAGACCAGUUGCUGAAGACAUGAUUCUUGUAUUUGAAGAUUAUUUGUCUGAACUGGAAAGCCUCGAUGAACCAAGCAGUGAAGACACAAAGACAUCAUUUGUUUUCUAUAAUGUCACUAAAAAUUCGGGACCUCUUUUUCUGAAAGUUUUCAGUCCCAAACUUUUAAGUGGUAUUUACUUAGAACUCAGUACUGAUGAUGUCAGCCAGAAAUAUGCAUUAAAUGACAAUGUGACAAUACCAAGCCUUGUUAUUGAACCAACAGGAGACAUUGUUUACAUGCCAGCUCGUAACGUGUCUGUCCAGAUGUACUUCCAACAUAGACCUGAAAUUCUCCCAAAAGUCUGGGCUGAUGUAGUAGACUUAAAUUUGCUUCAGUUCUAUGAAAGAGUCUCUCCAGGGAGUGAAAAUACGCCAUUCAUUGAUCUACCUCAAAAAGUUGAUGGUAAUGGAAAAAGUGGAGCAACUUUAAAUUUCAGAACCUCCAUUUAUCCCAUUAGUGGUUUUAUCUACUUCUUGCUAGAGCUCAAGACAUCAGAAACAUUGGUUAAGGACGUUAGGUAUGGCAUGAUGAAAGUACUGAGACCAGUCACCGCUCCACUUCCCAUUCCAGAAACAUUUCUACAUAUAAAGGAGCUUCAAGGCUGGAAGAAAGACGGUGUAACUAUAGUGAUGAUCAAACCAGGAGGCAAAGUGAACAUUAAUUGCCAUGUUUUUGGUGUGAAGCCAAGAGUGUACUGGACCAGGCUUAACUUGAAUGGCUCAACUACAAUCAUCCAACCCAGUGCUGUCAAUAGCAGGCUACAGAUCAACCCCUAUUACUUUGAGAGCAGUAUUGAGGUCUGGGCAAACUCUACAUUUACAGACAAGACUAUCUACACUUGUGUGGCUCAGAACUCAAUGAACAACACCCUGGAGGAGGUGUAUAAAGUACAGCUGGAGUCUCAAACUUAUGAUGGACUGUUGAAUUCUACUGGUACAUUUUUGAAGCCUUCAGACCUGAAUUUAACUGCAAAUACAACAGUAAGAAGUUAUUAUUUAAAUGCAUCCAGUUCAUUCGUAGAAGUUAUCAAUGCUUCAAGAGUAAAAACAGACAAGGGCUAUUACUACAGUGUGACCUACAGACCUAUGGUGGAAGAUUUGAAAGUUAGAUGGUCUAAUGGGACCACAGAUUUAUUAGAUUUUACACAAAACAACUUGGGAGACUAUGAAGUGACUAAAGUUUUUUAUGAUCCUAAAAGUGUUUUGAUUCCUCACUUGCAAGUCUCAUUUGAGAGUCCUCAACGAAAAAGUGCUGUGGUGCUCACAUUCCAUGUUCUAAGUCUCCUGCCUGGCUUUCAAGUAGACAACAAUGUCAGAAUCCCUCAGCUUGACAUUCCUACAAACACUGACAUUGUGUAUGACCCUGGGCAAAAUACCACCCUGAAGUUAGGGACAACCAAUGAGAAUGUACAAGACAUAGAUGGUCACAUGGAACUUGUCGAUGUCAAAACUGGAGCAUUUAUGUUUUCAAGACUGAAAGUUAAUGACCUGAAAUUUAUUUUUGUACUUCUAAAGUCCAGACCAUUAAUGAGUAAAAACGGCACAGAAUUUGACUUGACGUUUCUGACAUCCAAGAAGGCAGUGAGUGGUGUCCUUACUUUCUUCAUCCAGCAGCCAUUGAACGGAAGUGUUCUACACACUAUCAAAAUAUCAAAACAACUAACAUUGAGACCUGCCGAUCAAAAUGUUGCAUUCCCAGCAAGAUUUAUCUUUAUAAGAGAACAAAAGAAUGCUGUGCCAAGUAUGGACAUUAAUUAUCAAGUGAAAUGUAGAUCAGGAGACAUGUGUCUGUUACAGUGUACUGCUUUAGGUCCUAACCUCAAGGACGUCCUGUUGUAUCAUAUUCAUGAGAAUGGAAGCAAAUCAAUGGUUCAAGAUCAUGAGAUACGUAGAAAAGAAAGAGCUCUAUACAGCUAUGAAGUCAAUACUGUAUUCUGGGUCAGUUUGAAUGACCAGCUCAUCAGGAACUUUGAGUGUGUUGCUAAAAAUAUCUAUGGAGACACAGUGUCCAGAAAUUUAGUGGUCACUCCCGUCAUCCAGUUGGAUAUUUUGUCAGAACUGUCUAGAGUAACAAUUCUAGAAGCUAAGGGCAAAACAAAGACACGAUACAACAUCACCUGCGUCAUAAGAGCCAGUCGCAAGCCUCAGGUCAAGCUGACAUUCAUCAACAAUGCCUCCGAGAGAGAUCAUGAAUUUCCAGCCGACGCCAUAAUACAAGUGUCACCCCAUGAAUACAGGGUCACAAAAAUCAAGGCCUUCAAUCGCAACAAGCCUAAUACUAUGCUAACCUCAGUCAAAUGUCGAGCCUCGACACCCCAUGAGGCCACCGAACUAGAACUUGCCGUGCCGAACAAUAUCUGAUAUAAGUAGUUCCAGAGCCCAGUCACUCAGAAAUAUAAAGUUAUUGCAAGUUUUUCUUAUCAAUCUACAGUACAACAUCAAUCUUAUCUUAUCUUAUAUAAUACAGUUACUUCAAAAUUGAAGAUCUACAGUACAACAUCAACAUUUCAAGUGCAAUUAUUUCUUAUUUAUUUUUAAAUUAUUGUAACAUGGCUUUAUAAUAUGGAUUGAAUAUCUGAUCUAUUCCAGUACGUAACUUUUUGUUUGUUUGCUUUUCAUUAAUAUAAAUAAAGUGAAAGUAAAAAAAAAAGAUAUGAGAUCAGUUCAAAGAUAUACUGCUAUUUCUCUUCUCUGACCUCAUCUCUCUUUACAUCUACAAGAUCAGUGAUACAUUUUUGGUCCUAUUCCAAAUGUUUAUAUUUGAAAAGAGUUUUGAUUUCUGAUUGUUUUCUGUUUAUUAUUCUUUAUUUAUGCAAUAGUAUUAUGACCAUGAUGCAAUAGAUUUAGGUCCAUGAUGCAAUAGUAUUAUGACCAAGAUGCAAUAGAUUUAGGUCCAUGAUGCAA